AUGUACACCUCGGAUACAAGAUGGCGGCUUCUGUUGAAUUAUCAGUUCUGCUUCGGGAUGGAAGCAAGAAACUAUUUACAAAACCAGCAGGACAAGGAGACCCACCUAUUGAUAUCAAAACCUUACAACAAUCUCUUUUAUCUUUGCAAAAAGAAACCAACUCAUACCUUACUGAAAUUGUUGAACAGGAAAAAACCUUAUUAAACAAGGCAGCAAAUGGUCAAACUAAGUCAACUGACAAUAAGGAUGAUGAGGAGGAAGAGGAGGAGGGAUGAUGAUGAUGAUGAUGAUGAAGAAGAUAAUGAUGAUGGAGGAGAGCCAGCAGAGAAGAAACAGAAAAGAUGAUACCCCAUGAUUAUGUGUUCGGACUGUUACAGUGUAAAUAUUCUUGAGAAGUACUCAGCACCAGUCUCAUUUAAAUCAUAUUUGUAUCUAUGAUACAGUGCCCGGGUGUGUGAAAAUCGUAUGACACCUCCAUAGGUCAAGGUAAAUAAAUUUUCUAAUCAGCCUAUCAGCUGGAACAAGCUAGAUAAGCAUUUUUACCCGCAGAUCUGAUUUGUGUUUCUUGAAAACAACCUAAACCAGCAUGUUCUGAGUGUAGGUGAUAAAUGCUGUGCCAGUCUUUUGUUGUGGAGUUUUUGUUCACCUUGUUAUAUCUGGGUGUUAUGGAAAGGGAACAAGAAUAUCUGCUUUCUGUGGGUUUUGUUUUGUUAAGAUUAAACUCCUGAAUCUCGAUGAGAAUAUAACAUCAGAUUGUCCCAUGUUUCCUUCAUUUAGAUUGAGCACUCUUCUGUCAUGAUUCCAAGAUUUUCUAUGGAGGUAUUCUCAGAUCUUGAUGCAGGGAGGUAAUGUGCUGAGAGUAACAUCUGGUUUUAAUAAGAUUUUAAUGAGCACAUUAUCUUUUGGCUUGAAUGUAUGGUACACCACUGAAAUGGCAUCAGUCAAUUACAAGAGAUAGGGUAGUCUUGUGAUAAAAUUAUUUAUUUACAUGAUGAAGAUUUCUUUUUGACAUUGUUUGAUCGGCAUUCUAAAAGUUGGUGAGUCAGAAAUGAUACAAAUUUAUGGAUGACAACUUCGCGUUUAUUGCUUAGAGCGACGUUUCGUUGUAGAUUCUUACAUUGUCAUUUUGACAUGUUGGUACAAUGUGUGUCCAGAUCCUUUCAGAAUAUAGAGAGAACUAUUGUGUUGACUCAUAUGGAUGGAGGACAUGCCUGCUGUGGAAAUUAAGUACAAUAAACAUGAUAAAAUCUGGAAA